AUGGCUGAGAGGCUCGUUCGGUUUAUAGAAGAAAUCCUGAAGUCGCAGGAUACCUUGGUGGACAAACUCCGGUUAAACAAUACAACCCUGCGUUUUCAACGCAAGAAACUCUUUGAUCAGCAGCGACAAAAGGAGGAGAUGGGUGAAGUCUUGCACGAGGUCGAUUUUGAACAAUUAAGAAUCGAAAAUGCACAGUUCCUCGAGAUCAUAGAUGAGAAGAAUCAGGAGCUGCUGCACCUGAAGCUAACGGCUGGACGUAUACUCCAAGCAUCUACCGCCUUACGAAGAAAAUUACAUCAAGUCAUUCAGGAAUCCGCGACGUUACAAGUCGAGAUAAAGAGUCGUGAAGAAAUGCUCGUCAGGACUAAAGCAGAAAUUGAGCUAGUCAAAAGGGAAGCGAAACAGAUCGAAGCACAAAUUGCCAACUUGCGACAGCUUAUGGCUGACUACAGUGUGCCGCCCGUCAUGAGCUAUGUGGACAGUGUUCGUGAAAUGCGCCGACUCAAGCGCAAAGCGAAGAUUCAGGAACGAAAGGUCGAAAUUGCAAAGAUAAACCUCAACAGGUACCGACGCAUGUGGCAACACCUCAAGCAAGCUGAUGUCAUGCCCUAG